AACACCAGUAUCGCAUCUCCUGCCGACUCUUCUGAGCUGCUCAUGAAGGUGCACAGAAAUGGGAAGAGGCCCAGUCCAGAGAGGAGAGAAGAAGGCAAUUUUGACAGAGAUACCAUUCCUCCUGAACCCCUUGCCAAGAGAGUGUGUACCAUCAGCCCUGCUCCUCGUCAUAGUCCUGCUCUCACUGUGCCGCUUAUGAAUCCUGGUGGACAGUUUCAUCCUACUCCUCCACCUCUUCAGCAUUACACCUUAGAAGAUAUUGCAACUUCCCAUCUGUAUCGGCAACCUACCAAGAUGCUAGAACAUCGGGAAAUUCGUGAGAGGCACCAAAAUCUCAGUCUAAAUGGAGGCUAUCAGGAUGAAUUGGUAGACCACCAUUUGACUGAGAGGGAAUGGGCUGAUGAAUGGAAACACCUUGACCAUGCCCUGAAUUGCAUAAUGGAAAUGGUGGAAAAAACCAGGCGCUCCAUGGCAGUUCUCAGGCGCUGUCAGGAAUCUGAUCGGGAGGAACUGAACUACUGGAAAAGACGAUUUAAUGAAAAUACAGAGAUGAGGAAAACAGGGACUGAGUUGGUCUCCAGGCAACACAGCCCCGGGAGUGCAGAUUCUCUAAGUAGUGGUUCUCAGAGGAUAAGCAUUCCAAACCCCUUCCCUUGA